AUGAGUUCAAAAUAUGAUUUUCUAAAGGAUGUUAAUCCUGCCAAGGAGGACUGGAGGAUUAAGGUGAAGGUGGUUCGGACUUGGAAAGUUCCUAACUUUCAGCGUAAAAAUUUGGAGGACAAUCUUGAAAUGGGUGGUAGGAUCCACGCCACUAUCAAAGCAUCCGAAGUGGCAGCUUUGAUUGUUGGAGAUAUAGACAGUGUUAUGGGCGAUAGGGAUAUCAUUAUUGAAACACAAGAUAGAGUAUUGCAGCGCAUCGAUGUGAAGCAUCCAUUGUAUCUUGGCUUGCAGUAUCCAUUGUUAUUUCCAUACGGUGAAGACGGUUAUCGUGAUGAUGUCCAGCGAACUGUAUCCAGUGGUAGGAAAAAUGCAAGAGCCAUGAUCAGCAUGAAGGAAUUUUUUUUGUUUAGACUUCAGAUGCGAUCUGAAGAAUCAGAAAUUCUACAUCGAUCAAGGAAACUUUUCCAACAAUUUCUGGUUGAUGCAUACACUAUGAUUGAGUUUGAACAGUUUAAUUUCAUUCGAUAUAACCAGAGUCAUCUGAGAGCUGAGUUGUACAAAAAUAUAAAACAUUCAUUAGAUAGCGGUGAAGAUGCAACACUGAGCACUGGAAAACAAAUCAUUAUACCUUCUUCAUUCACAGGCGGACCUAGAUAUAUGGCUGAAAAUUAUGUUUGUACAAUCGAAUUCCAAAAGCGCGGACUACCUCAUGCUCAUAUUCUUCUAUUCUUGAACCCUUCAAGCAAAGCUGAAAGUGCUCUUGAUAUUGAUAAAUUGAUUUCAGCGGAGAUACCUGACAAGGAAACGAAUCCUACGCUGUUUAUGGCUGUCACGAGUUCCAUGAUACAUGGUCCAUGUGGUCCUGAAAAUUACAAAUCUCCUUGCAUGAAGGACGGACGGUGUUCAAAAAAAUUUCCAAAAAACUUCUGCUCCCGUACUUUGAUUGACGAUGAUGGAUUUUCUCAUUAUAAGAGAAGAAAUGAUGGGAGAGUUGUGAACAAAAAUGGUGUUGAACUUGAUAAUUGUUAUGUUGUGCCCUAUAAUGCACACCUUCUUUUAAAGUACCAGGCUCAUAUCAACGUUGAAUAUACUUGCCAGAGAAGUGUCAUUAAAUAUCUUUUUAAAUACAUCCACAAAGGGAAUGACAGAGUGACAGCUGCCAUAAAUCAUUCGGACGAUGAAAUAAAAAUGUUUUAUGACUGCAGGUAUGUCUCCGCAUGUGAAGCAGCUUGGAGAAUAUUUGGAUUUGACAUUCAUUCGAGAUAUCCCCCUGUUCAGAGAUUGCCAUUUCACUUGUCUAAUGAAAAGAACAUUAUUUUCAGUGAUAAUGAUUCGUUGUAUGAUGUAAAGACAAGGGCGGAGUCUAGACUGUCAAUUUUUGAGUCUUGGAUGGAUGCAAAUAAAAAAUAUCCAGAAGGUAGGCAUCUAACUUAUGGAGAGUACCCGACUGAAUUUGUUUUCAAAGAAAAAACGCAUGAAUGGAAUCCGAGAAAAAAAGGAUUUUCCAUUGGAAGGAUAAAUCGUUUUUCUGCCAAUAAUGGAGAAGAUUCAUAUCUUCGCACCUUGCUUAAUUUUCAAAGAGGUUGCACCAGUUAUGAAGAUCUUAGAACGAUCAAUGGCGUGGUUUUUCCUACAUUUAAGGAUGCAUGCUAUUCUUUAGGACUUCUGGAUGAUGACAAUGAGUACAUUGAUGCAAUUAAGGAGGCAAGUUCCUGGGGAUCUGCUGCUUAUCUUAGAUGUCUGUUUGCUCUGUUGUUAUUUGCCAACUCAAUGAACAGACCUGAAAAAGUUUGGGAAGAGUGUUGGAAAUUUUUAUCCGACAACGUUGUUUAUCGGCAUAGGAAAAGAAUAGGACGUCAAGAUGCAAUUCUUAUAGAAGAGUCUAUAAAAAACAUAACUCUUGAAGAAAUUGAUAAGGUACUGCAGAGCAAUGGGAAAUGCCUCUCUGAUUAUCCGUCAAUGCCACGCAUCAAUAGUGAAACUUUGCUUGAUAUGCAAAAUCAAUUAGUGUUGGAUGAAUUAAUGUAUGACAGAUUUGCUUUGGAAGAGGAGCAUAAAAGACUAAUUAAUUCCCUCACUGAUGAGCAGAAAGCUGUUUACGAUAAAAUUGUUUCAGCAGUUACGGCAGCAUCUAUUAGAUCAAAAGCUGGAAUCAUACUUAAUGUUGCUUCUAGCGGAAUUGCUUCCCUUCUGCUUCCUGGAGGACGAACAGCGCAUUCUAGAUUUCGUAUUCCUAUUCAAAUCAAUGAAGAUUCAACGUGUAAUAUAAGGCCGAAAUCUACUAUAGCUGAGUUGCUGUCAAAAACAAAGUUAAUCAUUUGGGAUGAAGCUCCAAUGGUACAUAGAUUUUCCUUUGAGGCUCUGGAUAGGAUACUGAGAGAUGUUCUUAGAAUUUCUGAUACAAGCUGUGUUGAUAUGCCAUUUGGUGGAAAAGUUGUUGUUCUAGGAGGUGACUUUCGGCAAAUAUUACCUGUCAUUCCUCAUGGCGGUAGACAAGAUAUAGGUCAUGCAACCAUCAAUUCUUCUCAUCUAUGGUCCCAUUGUCAUUUAUUAACUUUGACCAAGAACAUGCGUCUUAAUUCUGGAAGUAGCGCUCACAAUUUAGAGGAAAUAAAAGAAUUUUCUGAGUGGCUACUUAAAGUUGGGGAUGGUAAUCUUGGAGAUGAUGUUGAUGGAGAAUCUAUUAUAACAAUUCCAGAUGAAUUGUUGAUUAGAGAAUCGGAAGAUCCGCUGUCGGAUAUGGUUAAUUUUGUUUAUCCGAAUCUCUUGGAUAAUAUUUUGGAUCAGACCUUCUUUAAAGAACGUGCUAUUCUAACUCCUAAAUUGUCCGAUGUUGCUAUGCUAAACGAGCACCUAAUGUCUAUGAUUCCUGGUGAAGAAAGGACUUUUUUGAGUUCGGAUAAAAUUCUUAAGCAAGGUGGGACUUCCUUUGUUGAGGAUGAUGAAAUCACCCCUGAGAUCUUAAAUACAUUAUCAUGCUCAGGGAUUCCUGAUAAUAAAUUAAUCUUGAAAGUUAAAGUUCCAGUAAUGCUAUUAAGAAAUAUUGAUCAGUCGAGAGGUUUAUGCAAUGGCACGAGAUUGCUUAUUACAAAAUUAAGGAAUCAUGUUGUUGAGGCAAUUAAUGACGAUGAGCCCAUCGAGUCAUACAUUUUCUGUAAAUUUCCAAAGAAGACAAUUCGCCCUGAUUGUCUCGUUUGCCAUGACUAUCAGCAAGAGUCAAGGACAAUCACUUUCACAUGUUGCAAUUUAUCUCCCUAA